AUGGCGAACCGUGUCUCGUCGUCUUCAUACAACAGAAAUAAUCAUCGUCAAAAUAUUUCAUCGUCAAAUAAUCGUUCAAGUCGUUCGACACUUACAACACAUACUUAUGCAUCUACAAAUACCUUUAAUACAGAACCAACAUAUACUACAACACCAAUAGCAGGUGAUCCACGAACUCUUCAUUCAUACUAUGUAUCAUCAUCAAAUUAUCGUCCACCACCGACGAGUCCAACAAAUUCAUUAACUCGUCAUUAUCGUGAAUAUGAACCAUCAUAUCCAUCUAUAACACGUUAUCGUACACCAUCAUCUUCAUCACCUUUUCGUAAAACACAUUAUUUAGAUGAUUCUGAUGAAGAAAUAAUUAAUGAAGAAAUACUUGAAAUAACUGAUCUUAAUCAUUAUCCAACUCUAAUUGAACGUUGGGGUGAUGAUGCUAAAACAGUAGUUAGACAAGAAGGUGAAUUUAAAUUUGAAGAUUUUGUUGAAUUUGAAGAAGUUGAACCAACUGUUGUUGAAGAAAUUCUUUAUGAACUUGUAUAUUCUGGUGACAAAUUAAAAACAUGUCGACAAAUUGAUCGUUCACGUUCUGAAUCAAGAAAUUUUCGUAAAAUAAAAAAACGUCGUACCAAACGAAAACGUCCACCAAUUGAUGAUUCUUCUUAUUUGACAUCACAACCUAGUUCAAGAGAUACAAGUGGUACACGUUCACCAUAUUAUCAUGAUCAUCGAUAUAGUCCUGAACGUUCAAGUACACCAACACAAUCAACAACAUUAUCUUCAUCAUGGCAGUCAACAGGAUUUAUUCCCAAUAAUAAACCUUCACUUGAUAUAUCUAUACGUAAUUCUUUAGAUGACAGAAAUUAUGUUAAUUAUAUUCGAGUCAAUGAAACUGAUCCAUUUCUUUCACACACUCAAAUUCAACAAUAUCCACAAACACGAAUAACCAGUAAUAUUCAAUAUAAUACAUUUCCAACAGAUUUAAUUGAUAAACAAAAUAGAAGUUUCUAUGAUAAAAUGCAUGAUCUAUCAAGUCACAUUGAUAGAUCAACUGCACAUGAUGAUACUUUAAAUGAAAUUGGAGAAUUUGUACCUGUUAUUAAUGAAGAACGAGGAAUAACAAAGAUAGAUAUAACACCAGCAAGUCAUGAUUAUGUAAAUGAAAAUUUAUUACUUAAAACAAGAAGUGAUACAAAUAAAGAUACAUAUGAUAUUAGUUCUUCGGAUGAUUUGUUAACUUCUACUAGAACAACAGACAAUAGAGAACAAUCAAGGAUAAAUAUAAUCGAUCAAACAUUUGUCCAGAAAGAAACCGACAACCGUGAGCAAGAUUAUUCUACUGAUAUGGAAAAACAAAUCAAUAAAGAAACGACAUCAAAAUAUGAUGAAUUAGAAAAAGAUGAAGAGGAACAAUCAAGUGCAACAGAACCAACAAUACGAGAACUUGUUAAACAUGAUGAAGAUAUAGCAGGAAGAGAUACUGAUGAAGAUGCAUCAUUUUCUGAAAGUGAACAAAUAUCAUCACAAUUAUUUACGUCAGAUGAACAGAAACAAUCAUCAAAUUUAAUAAAAGCAACCGAAGAAUCUCAUCCAUCAAGUUUAUUAUCAACAAAUGAAAAACAAGAUAAUCACGAAAUCAUAACAACAACAGCAGAAUCAUCAAUCAAUAAAAGCAAUGAAUUAGAAUCACAAUUGCAAACGACAGAUUCAGUUGUAAAAUCAUUGGAAACAAAUAUUGAUCAAGAAAACAUUAAACCAAUACAAACAAUUGAAACCUCUUCUCCUAUCGAACAUGUUAAACAUCAAUUACCUGAAGAUUCACUUGAAACAACAAAAACUUCAUUGGAAAAAACUGAUGAAACAUCUAUUCCAACAAGUAUAUCGGAGGAGAAAAACAUAUCAUUACCGCAAGAUAAGACAAGAAGUGAAAAUGAUCGAGAACUUAGAUCCAUGUUAAAUUCAAUUACAGCUCAUCUUAUGCCAGAAUUACCAAGAUUCGAUGAAGAGACUGAAGAUGAACAAUCAUUUAUGUCUGAAACAAAAUCAUCCGAAGAACCAAUAUCACAAGAUGAUCAAAGUAUGGAUUCUAUUGUACAAAAAUCAAUUGAAGACGCCAAAGAACUAUGGGUACCAUCUCAUGAUCAUAUCCCAUCAGAUCAAAUUGAAUCAUCGAAUCAAACAAAAACUCAAAUUGAUCAAACAACACUCGAUCAACAUGAUAUUGAACAAGACAAUGAAGAGAAGUCCUCUCUUAAAAUUCAUGAAAUUGAUAGUGCAAUUUCAAAUAUUCCAGAAACAAAUCUAGAUCAACAAGAUUUAACAAUUGAACAAUUACCAUCAUCGACUGAUUCUCUAGUCCAUGUUGUUGAACAAAUAAUAACCAAUGUUAAAAAACCUCAACAUGAACAAGACAUUUUCUCUCAGGCUUCUUCUGUUGUAACUGAUGAAAUUUCUCCUACUCAAUUACAAUCAAAACAACUAUUCUCUCAGGAUACAGACGAUGUAACACAAACACGAUUAUUAAAUGUUAAUUAUCUUGCUGACAUUAUUUAUCAAAUACAUUCUCAACCUCUUCGCUCUUCUUUGGAUAAACAACAAAUAUAUACAGAUACUCAAAAAUCAAUCGAAUCGACCAGACAAGAAGACAGAUUAUCUUCAAUUGAUUCAAUAAUUGAAAGUACUCCAUCUGUCAUCACGUCUGACAAACAACAAAAACAACAACAAUUGAUCUCGAGUAUGUCGUCUAUUACUCCUGAAGCCAUGGAAAAACCAACAUCAAAAGAUGAUCAAUCAUCAACUGAAUUUCAAUCAAGAAAAGAAAUUGGUGAACCAGUUUCAGUAGAUUCUUUAGUCAAUAUUGUUCGUCAGAUGCAUACUUUAGCGCGAAUUCUUCGUCUUAUAUCAGCUGAUAUUAAAACAGAAACUACUCAUAUUAAUAAACAAGAAAUUGCGAAGCCAUUAGCUGAUUCUCAUGUAGAAAUAGUAAUACCAAAUGAAAGCAUUCCUCGUGAACGAAUGACAAUAAAAGUAGAACAAACACAUGAUACUCAGGAGUUGAUUCCAAAACCAAGCGAAAUAUCCUUGGUCACUGAACAUAAACAAGAAACAACUUCUGAAAAAACAAUCAAAGAAGAUGAGCCAGAGCAUCUACCAUCCGAAUCUUUGGUCGACGCAGAUUGGGAAACUCUUGUAGCACCAGUUACUUCUACACCAUCACAUCUUAUAACUACUGAAGCUAUUGUAACGACAGAAAAACAUGAUGAAAAACCGAGAAUUGACUUAUCUGAUCGAAGUAUUCUAAGAGAACAUGUAGAAACACUACAGAAAAAUCUUCAUGAUGGUGACAGUACGCCAUCAACAUCGCUUCAUUUACAUGUCACAGAAACUACUAGUCCAAAAAUAGUAGAAGAUCGUGCUAGUGAAGACUCGAUUACAAAAAGUCUUACAACUACUACACAAGUUACAGAACAAACAGCAUCUGAAGAUCGUGAAUUACCAGUUGGAGAUAAAAGAAAAACCUAUGAAACUGAACGUCAUUCAUUUGAUGCACUAACAGAAAUUGCUCGUGCAAUAUUAGCUACACCACUUCCUGUUCAUCGACCAUUAGCUGAAAUAAAAACAGAUACCGUUAAAAGUGUUGAUUAUUCGAUCGAACCUGUUGUUGAUAUUGUUCCAUCUACAUUAGCAACGACAUUAGAAGAAAUGACACAGCAAAAAGCUAUCGAAGCAGAAAAAACUCAAGACAACAAGGAAAGUACUGAAACAGCAAGAUUUACAACCAUCGAUAAGUCUGAAGAACAACCAUCGACAGAAAACCUUACAACAAUUAUUUGUGAAAUGUCAGCGAAAACUAGUAUUAGUCCUAUCAGCGAUGAAGAAUCAUCAGAAUCUCCGAAGAAACAAAAACUAGAUGUUGUCAAAACAAAAGAAGAAUCUGUCCAACAAGAUAAAAUAGAGAAAAUCGAACAGUCGCAAACUCAAGACAAUAUUCAACCUAAAACUGAAAUAAUAACCACAGAUCGUCAACAAACAACUGAUGACGAAAUACACAUUCCUGAUGAUCUUACCAAAUCAAUUGAUAUUCACCAGCCAUUGAUUGAUCAUGUAAAACAAACCACUUAUUUUCUCGAUCAAAAACCUGACAACCAGUCGAUUGAUUCCCUAACCAAAGAUGAAGUGUCACCAAAACCAGAGAUACAAGAACAAGUCAAAACACCAAAACAUUUGCAAUAUAUCGAUUUACACGAAACAAUGACUUCAUCAUCUACUACUGAACCCAGAGACGAGAAACUUGCCGGAACAACCGUUGAAGAACUAAAGCCUAGAAGUCUUUCAGCUGAAGAAUUGCCAAUAACCGUUCCACAGCCUCAAGUCACACCAGUUAUUGAUCAUCAACCACCUAUCGAUCACAUCGUACAUAGAAUUACAGAAACUAAACAAAUAGUCGAAAAACCAUCCUUCACACCAUACACUGAACUUACCAAACUAGUUGGGCAAACAGAACCUUCAGAAACGGUUACAAUAGAAGAAGAAAUCACAAAACCGGUAGAUACACAUCAACAAAAACUACAACAACCAAGUGUAGCAUCAACUCUUAUUACAACUCAACAAGAAUCGACAAUCGCACCUCAUCCUGAAUCAACUGAAGAAAAGGCGAAAGCACGUGAAGCUGAACGUCUUUCAUCAGAAGCUUUAGCCGAAGCCAUUCGUGAGAUUCUUGCAACACCAGUUACCGUUCAUCUUCCAGAAGUUGAUCAUACUGUAGAACAAAUUACCCAAACUCACCAACAAGUGGAAAAACCAUUGCUCACAUCAGUCAACGAAAUUAUUAAACCAGUCAAAGAGGUGCAACCUUCAGCAGUGAUUACAAUAGAAGAAGAAACAACUAAACCUGUAGAAACUAAACAAGAAGCAUUACCACAACCUAGUACAACAUCAUCUGCUAUUGAAUCUGUACAUGAAACAACAACUGCAUCUCAUCUACUAUCAACUGAAGACAAAGUCGAAGAACGUGAAGCUGAGCGGCUUUCAACACAAAUAUUAACUGAAGUUGUUCGUGAAAUUCUUGCAACACCACUUACCGUUGAUCUCCCAGAAGUCGAUCACACUGUGGAGCAAGUUAUACAAAGAGAACAACAAGUCGAACAACCGUCUCUCGUAUCAGCCACUGAACUUAUUAAACCAGUCAAAGAGAUGCAACCUUCAGAAGUGAUUACACAAGAAGAAGAAACAACUAAACCUGUAGAAACUAAACAAGACGAAUCACAACAACUCAGUACAAUACCAUAUGUUAUUGACACUGUACAGGAAACAACAUUCGAGUCUCAUCCACUACCAACUGAAGGCAAAAUCGAAGAACGUGAAGCUGAGCGGCUUUCAACACAAAUAUUAACUGAAGUUGUUCGUGAAAUUCUUGCAACACCACUUACCGUUGAUAUCCCAGAAGUUGAUCACACUGUGGAGCAAGUUACACAAAGAGAACAACAAGUCGAACAACCGUCUCUCGCAUCAGCCACUGAACUUAUUAAACCAGUCAAAGAGGUGCUGUCGUCACGAAUAAUUACAGGAGAAGAAGAGCGAACAAAGGCGGUAGAUACUAAACAAGAAGAAUUGCAACAACCUAGUACAACGUCAUCUGUUACUGGCACUGUACAUGAAACAACAACAGAAUCUCAUGUACCAUCCACUGAAGAAAAAGAGAAAGAACAUGCAGCUGAACGCCUUUCAUCAGAAGCAUUAACUGAAGCUGUUCGUGAAAUUCUUGCUACACCAGUUACUGUGCAUCUCCCAGAAGUCGAUCACAUUGUAGAACAAGUAAUCAAAACUGAAGAACAAGAAGAAAAACCAUCUCUCACAUCAGUCACUGAAUUUAUUAAACCAGUCAAAGAGGUUCUACCUUCCGACGUGAUUACGAGAGAAGAAGAAACAACGAAAUCUGUGGAUAGUAAACAAGAAGAAUUACAACAACCUAUUACAAGAUCAUCUGCUAUUGAAACUGUACAGGAAACAACAACAGAAUCUCAUAUACCAUCAACUGAAGGCAAAAUCGAAGAACGUGAAGCUGAGCGGCUUUCAACACAAAUAUUAACUGAAGUUGUUCGUGAAAUUCUUGCUACACCAGUUACUGUUCAUCUUUCAACAGCCGAAUCUGUGUCUGAAAAAGCAACGGCGACGAAGGAGAAAGAAAUUGAACGGCGAUUUGAUGAGAUAGUUUCUGGAACAUCUGAACAAGCAACCCCAGUAGUUCUACCAGUUGGAACAGUAACAGAAAAAAAACUUAUAAUGUCAGAUACAAAGCCGGAUGAAAUACAACUGUUACAUAAAACAGAACCUGUAGUAAAAAAUAUGGACGAAGGAAAAGCGGAAGUUCGUACAUCAUCUGCCGAAGAUACUACAUCAGAUUAUGGUGUUGAACAUGCAACAUCGGUACCCUUGAAUGAAGAUGUUCCUGAAGUUUCGGAUUCAUCCCUCAGCAUCCUUCCUUCUCCAGUCGAGUUGAAACCAGAGACUGGUAAAUCAAUCGAGCAACCGGUGAUAACUCCUGAAACUGUAGUUUUGGAAAAGAUUCGUACCAUUCCAGAAAAUGUGGUAUCCGAUAAAACGAUUACUAUAAUUCCUGAUGCUGGCAAAACAGCAGUUGAAAUACAACAUCCAUCGAAUGGCGCAGAAGAAAAAAUAGAAGAUGAAACUGAGUCAAUUGAUUCACUCAUUGGAAGCGCACAUGAAAUUUUAGGCACACCAUUUCCUGUUAAUUUGCCGUCGGUUGGAACUGAUAUGACACGAUCACAAGAGGACAAGCUUUUUCAAGAACAAUCCGAUUCAAGUAUAGCGACAAACAAAACUGAAGAUAUAAAAAAACCUGUUGUAGGUGUUCAUCAUCCAUCUGUCCAAGAAGCUGAAAAUAUAUCGUUAGAUUCUUUAAUGAAAGUCACUCGUGAAAUUUUAACAACAUCAAGUAUCAAGGAUGAAAGGGAAAUGACGCUUCCCUCUGAAGAAGUAAAACAAUCAAUAGAUUCCCUAGUCAAAAUCGUUCAUGAAUUUGUUACGUCACCGAAGCGAUCAACCACUGAUAUAGAUACGGACAAAAAAGAAAUAUCAUAUGUCCAACCACAGCUUAAUGAAUCUGACAAAGGUGUUUCUCUUAUAAGCAAAUUAUCUUUAUCGGAUAAUGAUCAAGUUCCACUUCAAUCUACUGUUAGCGAUAUAAUUGAACCAUCAAGCAAUGACUCUUUGUUUCAAGAUAUCAUUAAUAGUGAAUCAGAAUUAUCAUUGCAUCCAACGAUUAUUGCAAAAUCUACUUCUACUUCGGAAGAUAAAUUAAUACCUUAUGAUGAAAAUCAAUUCAUUUCUUCAUCACUAUAUACUACAAUCAAUACUAUUGUUAAUGAUGCUAUCAGCAAUGCAUGUAAUAUAAUUGAACAAUCCAUUCCUGAUGAAAAUGACAAUCAGCCAUUUGUUUCACUUUCCUCCGAAGAUGAAUUUUCCGAUAAAAGUGAUACUGAUAUUAACUUUACAAAUGAUAUUGAAACUAAAUCAGUCGAUGAGUAUCAUUCAAUAUCUGGACUAACAAAUAUUGUUCAUAGUAUACUUAAACUUCCAAAUGAAAUUUCUUUGGAAUCCUCUAUUUCCCAUGAAGAUAAUAAAGUUAUUGUUUCUCCUAAACCUGAUUUUGAUGAACAUUUUAAUAUUACUGAACUUCCGAAUAUUGUUGAUACAAUACCAAAAACAUUAAAUAUUCAAACAAUGUCACCCGAACAAUUCGACAUCACAGACCCAACAACAUCUUUACAACGAGCCAGUGCCGUUCAACCAACUUUUCGAAUUGAUGAUGUCGAUCAAGAUACUUCAGCUACUAAUGUACCGACAUUUUUUGUCCCUGAAACUCCAAAUAGUUCAGAAGUUAAUUUUAGAGAAUUAUAUAAACAUCGACAUUUUAUAUCAGAUGUUGUCGAAGAAUCAUCAUCACAUUUCACUCCUAUAGAUAGACAAGAAUCCGUACAAUCAGUACCAAUGUCAGAAGAGAAAAAAGUAAUAUCUGAUUCACCUUUAGCAUAUUAUGAAUUACAAGAAAAACGUCAUACAUUAAUGUCUCCUCAAGAAUCAACUCAAAUUGAAAAAUCAGAACAAAUAUCUUCUUCAUUAACAACAUGGACAACUAUGCAACCAUUAAUUGAUUAUGAAGAAAAAGAAAAGAAACAAGAUAUAACUGAUAUUAAUCUUGAUGAUCAUGCUUAUGAAUAUGCACGACGUUUUGAUUUAGAAUCACCUUCAAUUAUAUCAAAUUUACCUACAAGAGAAUAUCGUCAAGUAUUUGGUGUACCCGAUGAUAUUGUUAAUACAGUUGAUGAUAUGACGCAUCACAUUGAUCAACAACUAUCAAUGCAAUUAAAACAUGAUGAACAAUCAAUUGUUUCAGAUGAUGUAAAAAAUAUUUCUUUACAAUCCAAUGAACAAUUUCAAGCCGAUGAUGGUCAAUUUACAAUGCCUUUCAGUGAUGCACCUGUUUCAGAUAAUGUUAAAAGAAUUAUAGAAGCAAUUGAAGCACUUGAUUCUGAUUUACUUGAACAUAAAGGUGAUAUAACAUCAGAAACAAGUUCAAUAACAGAACCAGUUGAACAAUUAAUUAGUCAACAACAUAUCUUAUCAUCUAAUCUUCUUCCAACAACACUUGAUAAUGAUAUUAAAGAAACACUUGACAAUCAAACACUUGUAUUUCCAUCAAAAGAUGAAUUUGAUGAUGAUAAUGAUUUAUUACCAAAGAAAAUUGAAACAGAAGUAUUUGAUGAAACCAUUCAAGAUGAAAUUAUAACAAAUCCUGAAUUAGAUUCACGAUAUUCUAAAUCAUUUGAACACAUUGAUAAUUUAGAAAAACCAUUGAUCAAUUUACAAUCAUUGUCAUCAUCAGUUAUUGAAACAGAAACAAAAACAACAGAUAUUAGAGAAGAAAAAGAUGAUGAUCAACAUUUACAACAGCGAUAUGAUGCUCUUAUCGAUCAUGUUACAACACUUGAAGAUGCCACGAUUAAAAACCUUGCUCAUGACACUAAUAAACAAGUUGGUAUAUUAUCAACCGAUGAACAGGUCAUUACAUCAACAGAUGAAAAAUCAACUGAAGAUAGAAUAAAUAUUGAUGAGUUAGCUAAAAUAAUUGAAAAUAUAAUUGCUACACCUUUUCGUACAGUUAUUAGUCCGAAUGAAAGAAGAGUUCGUGAGGAACCAACUUCUGGUUCACAUCUUCAGAUGGCUCUCGAACAAAUACUUGCACAAACACAAUAUCCAACAACCUAUGUGAAAUUACCACCACCAAUUGACACAGUUUCAUCUACUAAUGAAUUAAACGAUCAACAAGAAGAAAUGCAAAUACCAGAAUCUCAUUAUAAACUGACUACUUCAGCGUCUACCGAUCAAAAGCAUGUAUCAACUACGGAAGAAACACCAGAUAUUGACGAAAAGGACCAAACCACCAUCUUUGACAAAGUAACAUCAGCCAUAACUGAUGCUUUCUCUAUUAUUACUGGUGCUUCCCAUAAGCCAACUACGACUCAAGAGACAAUCACAUCCAUCGAUUCAAGAAUCUACGAUGAAAAUGAACUUCCAUCGAAAACCCCAACAACUAUCACAGAAACAAGUACAACUUUUAAAUCAGCUCCUACAACUGAACAAGUAGUAAGUCCACUUGAAACAAAAGAACGAAUUGCCGUUCUGACAUCAUCCAUUGAGAAUGAAAAGAUAUCCAAGGACGAACAACGACGAAGCUCACCCACAGAUUCAUUAGAAAUCACGAGCAUUUUACGACCGACCACAAUUCUAUCAACACAAACACCUAUAACUAGCUUAGGCGAAGAAGCUGCAAAUACUCAACACGACUAUAUAAAACCAAUUUCAAGUUCAGUUGCAGUACAGAUAUUACCAACAGAAGAUACUUCACGCCUGGUACCUGGUUACUUUACCAGCAGUGAUGUUUAUCAUGCAUACAAACAACCAACUGGAGCAGCGAUUGAACAAGAACCAGAUUCUUCCAAUGUCAUCGAUAAAGCCACAGCUAUCGUCUCUACGCUUAUUUCCAGUAUCACUAGCGCUUCACCAACAUCGAAAUCUCCUGACGAACAGCUUUUAACUAGUGAAUCACCCAUCAUCGGUGAAUCAACUUCACCUGGAUCUGUCAAAGAAAAAGAAUUUACACUUCCAAGACCAUCUUCAGAUGAACAACAUGUCGAGCAUGAGCAAUCAUUAUCAACUAGUCUCUUAGAAAUGAUGACGAAUUUGUUACCAUCAUCGCUUCAAUCAAAACAAAUACAAGAGAUCAGUUCUGAAACACCACUGGCACCAACUAAAGAUGAACAAAAAACUGUUUCAUCUGCUGUGAUGAGCACGCCAGAUACUAAACCACAUGUCGAGAUGCCAAAAGUACAAGAUAUUCCUAGUUCUGUAGCAGGUUAUUUCAGUAGUAGUGAUGUUUAUCAUGCAUAUAAACAACCGGUGGAACCAAUGAUUGAAGAAAAAGCACUGGAAUCGUCCAGUAUUGUGGAGAAAGCAACGUCAAUCGUCAGUGAUAUUAUUAUUAGUCUCACGAGUGCUUCACCAACAUUGUCAUCCCCGGACGCAACAACUCCAACUAGUGAAUCACCUAUCGUCGACAAAUCGGUUUCAUAUGCUCCUGUUACCAAAGAAGAAGUCACUAUUUCAAAAUCAUCACUCGUUGAACAAGAUAUCGCGCAAGAACAAACAACGACGUCUAAUAUAUUAGACAAACUAAAAACUGUAUUACCAUCGAGUUUCACAUCAACAAAAAUAGAACAUAUUACUUCUGAUGAAUCAGUUCCUGCUAUGAAAGGAGAUCAAGCAGCUGUUCCAUCUUCUCUCAAAGAAACAAGCGUCACAACAGUUUCUAAAGAAGGCCUAACUGAACGUACUGAACCACAAGUCGACAUUCAAGGAGAAAAAGUAAUUUUAAGUCCAGUAGCUGGUUACUUCAGUAGUAGUGAUGUUUAUCAUGCAUAUAAACAACCAAUAGAACCCAUAAUUGAACACAAAACAGAUUCAUCUAGCGUUAUUGAUAAAGCUACAACUAUUGUCACCGAUAUUAUCUCCAGUCUCACCAGUGUUUUACCAACAACAGAAACAACUGAAGACUCAACUUCCACUAUUAAAUCGACGAUCGUGCCUGAUCAAGUUUCAACUCCAGUUGUAUCAGAAUUAGAAAUUAGUGUUGUAAAACCAUCUUUAGAUGAACAGCACAUUGAACAUGAACAAACAACGGCAACCGGUGUAUUAGAUAAACUGAAGACUUUCUUACCAUCUGGUCUCAUAUCACCAAAAACAGAACAUAUCAUUUCUGAAAAGCCAGUUUCAGAUAUGAAAGAACACCAAGUACCUAUCACAUCGUCUUUUACAGACACAUCAGUGACAACUGUUUCUGGAGAACAUCUAACAAAACCUACCGAAUCGAUCGUUGAAACCCCUGAAGCCGUAGUGAUUUCAAGUCCAGUAGCUGGUUACUUCAGUAGUAGUGAUGUGUAUCAUGCAUACAAACAACCAAUAGAACCCAUAAUUGAACACAAAACAGAUUCAUCUAGUGUCAUUGACAAAGCUACAACCCUCGUCACGAACAUUGUCUCCAGUCUCACCGGUACUUCACCAACAUUGGAACCGACUGAAGCUACUUUAAGCAGCCAAGUACCAAUCGUUGAUGAAAAAAUUCCAUCUGCAUCUGUCACAGAAAAAGAAGCUCCAAUUCUAAAGCCAUCUUCAGAUGAACAACAUAUCAUGCAUGAGCAGAAAUCAUCAACUGGUCUGUUAGAAAUAAUGACGAGCUUGCUACCAUCACCGUUCCGAUCAGCAAAAAUACAAGAAGUUUCUUCCGAAACACCAAGUAAAGCUAGUAAAGGUAAAGAAGACACUGUCGUAUCCUCUAUGACAGGUACAGCAGAGACCACAACAGCUAAAGAAUAUCUAACAGAAGUCGCUAAACUAAAAGUUGAGAUACCAAAAACUAAAGAAAUCCAAGAAGAAAAAUCAACUACGGGUUUGAUUGAAAUUGUGACGAGUGUUCACGCAACGAAUAUUCUACCUGCUACAUCCACUUCAGUUAAUAUUGAAGAAGAUAUUGAAACUGGUGAUGAUAAAGAACCUAUGUCACUAUCCAUAAGUGAGGGAAAGACUACAUCAGAAAUUUCUCAGAAGUCUUUGACGGAAAGUAGUCUACCAGUGGUGGAAAUUCAACAACAAAAAGAUGUUAGCAGUCACAGUCUAAGUGACACAACAGAGUCGGAUAUUUCUCCUGCAGAAAAACCAACUAUUGAACAAGUUAUUACAGAAAAAGAUUCGACAAGUGGCACUGACGAAGGUAUAUCCUCGAUAACAGGCACACACUCUGGAGUUCCGUAUAUUUUACCAACAUCGGUUUCUUUAAUCAAUACACAUCGACAAGGCUCACUAUCUGAAGAUGAUCAAACAGAAAUGUCUGAAUCAAGUUUACAAACACCAUCAACUGAUGAACCAAAACAUCAUGGGGUAUUUGAUCUUAUUGUACGACCUGCAGCAAGUUUGGAUGAAACAGCAUCAAGUCUACUGUCUCUCGAUGAAAAAUCGACCACUCUUGAAAUUUCAUUCAUUUUACCAGAAAACUCCAUUGAUAAUCAAUUGGAAAGUUUAAAUGUUAAUGAAGCAAAAGAAACUUUAAUUGAAACUGCUAAAGAAAUUCUUGCAGCUCCUUUACAAUCUGCUGUUGAUACGUAUGAAAAAAUAAUUUCAACACAAGAACAAUUAUCAUCACCAACCGUUAGCCCAACUAAAGUCGUUACUACUGAUUAUCCUUCGUUGGCAAAACAAGAUACUAUUACUGAUUCUGUAAUCGAACGUCUUUCGACUACCGACCAACGAUCAAUUGAUGAGUUGGAUAAACAUAAAUCUAUUCCAAGUAUUACAGAAGAAACAAAAAUACAAGAUCAAAUUGAAAAGAAACCAUCUCAACAACUUCAAGUUAUUGGUGAUGACUAUCCAUGGUAUUCAAGUCAUUAUAUUCUUGUUGAUGCAGAUGAAAAAAUGGGUCAAUUAUACGACAAUUUAUCUUAUACUCUAAAACAACUGGAACAACGACCUCUACCAACAACACUCGAGUUUUCUCCUGAACCACAUGAAAAAGUUCCAAUACCAGAUUAUGAUCGUCAAGUAUUAGAUGAAACAAAAGAUACACGAGAAAAAGUACAUGAAUUAGCUGAAAUAAGUACAAUAAUUACAACAACCAUAACUGCAUCACAAGAUGAACAAAUCAAAGAUGAAAAUGAACUUCAAGUUGUACAUCAUCGUAAACAUGAAUCAUCAACAACAGUUCACGAAAGAACACCAUCGCCUAAAAUGGUUACGACUAAAGCAAUUAUUAGUCCAGAUAUCGAUCUCGUACCAGCAGUUCUUCAGGGUCGUCCAGUUUCACCAAUCAGUACUUCAGAAAGUGUCUCACAAACUACUACUACUACUGCUUCAAGUAGUACGAGCAGCAAGAAAAAACCUAAAAAACAAAAGAAAGAUAGAAAAGAAAUAGUUUUAGUCGAUGCUCCUAUACCAACAAUAUCUGAUACCGACAAAGGUAAAACAGAUGUUGUACAAUCAGAAGUGGUAUCAAAACAUAUGGAAACAACUAAAUCUGAACUAUUACCAUCGAUUACUACAGAUGAUUCUCAUGAAAUUGAUCAACCGUCAAAAGAAAUUAAACAUGAACUCGGUGAACCAUCAGAAGCAAUAAAACAUGAAAUUGAACAAUUAAUUCAAACAAUUGAUGAAUUCAAACAAAAUUUAAUCGAUACAACAAAUGAAGAACAACACGGUGAACUUUUAUCAACAUCCAUCGUCUCUGAUAAUGUAGAACCAGAACAAAUAGAUGAUGAUAAUAAUGAUUCAACAUCUUCGGACGCUUCACAAUGGUUAUCAUCUUCAUUUACAACUUUUCCUGAAGAUAACAAACUUGAUACUCAACCUUCUAUUACUGAACACGCUAUUGUAACACAAACAUCGACGACGAUUUCUUCAGCUGAUCAUGAAUUGACAAAAUCAGAACCAUUACGAACUGCAUCACCAACUAAAAAGAAGAAGAGUAAACAACAAUCGAUCAAUCAAGAAAAAAUUCAAUCGUCUGAAAUUCAAACAUCACAAUUAACUAUUGAACAACCACAAGUCGAAUCUAAACCAACUCCAACAACAACAACACCGCCACCACUCGUAAAAACGAUAACAACGACUAUCACUGCUAAAAUUUCUAGUUCACCAGAAGAAGAAGAUAUAGAUGACAAUGAAGGUUUUCAAGUUGUACGUCAUCGUAAACAUGCACCAUCGACAACAGGACAGGAAAAAACUCUACCAUCAUCAACAACAAUUACGUCUAAACAACGAUCUAGUUCUGAUAUUGAUUCUAAACAUGCAAAUGCUCAACGACGUCAAGUUUCUUCGAUACCUGUUGCUACGUCUAAAAUUACUACAGGUCCACAAACUACCACAACUAAACCAAAACAUAGAACACACAAAAAGGAAACAACAUUAUUUGAUGCACCAGCAUCUUCAACAUCCACUGAUACUGAUGCCAUUUCGUCAUCUAGUAUUGAUAACAGCAAACAUAAACAAAUUGAACAACAACAACAACCAAUAGAACAACAUAAAACUAUUAGUAGCAGUACAUCACAAUCAAAACCUUUAUCAUCAGUAGUAUUAACAUCUAACAUCAGUCCAUCAUUACCAAUAGAAGUAGAAAGUAAACAACAACCAAAAGAAGAAGAAAAAACUUUACAAACUCAAACUCCAUCAUCAACAAUAUCUACUGUUCAGGAAACAAAAGUAAAAUUAGAACCGACAAAAUCUUUACCAACAAUGACAACACUUCGUCUAAAACCAUCGACUUCACCCGACGAAGAAGAAGGAGAAGAUGAUGAAGAUAAUGAAGGUUUUCGAGUAGUUCACUAUCGAAAACGUAUAUCAUCAGCACCAAGAUUAGAUAAAACAUUACCACCAUUACCACCACAAACACAUAAACAAAAUCUUGGUCGUAGUUUUGAUCUUAAACCUGUUAUUAUUCAUGGACGUCAGGGGUCAGGAUCACGUUCUAUGCCACGUACAACUACUGGUAGUCAAAUAUCUUCUCAUAAACCCCAACAAACUAAAUCUAAACAAGAUCGACAACAAAUGCCACCAUUAAAUAUACCACGUUCGCCAACUUCUAAAGAAACACAUAUUAUGUCAUCCUUUAAUAUCGAACAGAAACCAAUAGAACAAGUAAAACAACCAGUUAGUGAUCAAGUUCGACGAACAAGUGAUACUACUACAAUUCAAUCAACGUUUAUUGAGCAAAAACUAUCGAAAGAAAUUGAACAAGUACAAUCAACAAUUAUUGAUAAAAAACCACAAUUAACAUAUUUUGAACAACCAACUAUUGUUCCUGUUGUAGACUUGAAACCAGUAGAACAAAAUGAAACUGAAACAAAUCUUGAACCAGUACAUGCCACCGUUUCACCUGUCGUUGACCAAUCUAUUCAACAAAUUGUUCAUGAAUAUAUUGAACCAACUAAAGAUGAGACUAAACAGGUCGUUCAACAACAACAGCGGCCUUCAAUAAAAGAACAAAUUCCAUCAGCAGUGACUACUACUACUAUCACUACAAUUGAAACUCAAAAAUCUACAAUUACUGAAGAUGAUGAUGAUGAUGGAUUUCGUGUAGUACGUUAUCGUAAACAUGCACAGCCUCCAACAAUCAUUUCCAAACAACACAGUUAUGGUUCUGAUACUGAGAAAAAAUCUGCUACUAUUUUGAAAAAACAAAUUUCAUCAUCAUCAUCAAUACCAACUACACCUACAUCCACUGUUUUACAUACGACGACACCGAAGAAAAAAACACCAAAAAAAACGAAAGAGACAACUGUUAAAACUGAUAUUACUUCACCUGUUGAUAUUCUUUCCUCAUCUACUACUGAUACUGAUCUUAUUUCAUCAUCGAAAGAAGAGUCUGCUAAACGAACAACAACUACUAAACAUGUACAAAAAGUUAUCGAAUCUCAAAUUACAACAAAAGAUGUUUCUUCUGUUCAUCCAGACAAAGAAAUAACAAUUCCUACAGAAGAUCAUAAAUCAAUUUCAUCAGUAAACCUUCCUGAAACUGUACAAAAAACAUCCGAUGAUACACAAAAUCAAAUACAAUCAAUUGAAUCAGCAACAUCACCAUCAGUAACAAGUGCUGAUACAAGUGAAGAAUUAUUAAAAAAACCUAAGAAAAAACAUAAACGAUCAAAACGAGAAUCUAUUGGAGUAGAUAUAUCGACACCAUCCGAUGAAAUAUCCAGUACAAUUGAUGAUCUUUCAACAAAAAAACUAAUGACAUCUUCUAGUCCAUCUCAAUCAUUUAGUCUUGAUAUUCCACUAACAUCAACUCCAAUUGAAGAUAAAUCCGAUAAAGUUUUAUUAAAAGAAGAAGUUCCUUCACAACAAACAGUUGAACCAAUAACACCAAUAGAUGAUGAACAGAUUAAGACAACAACAACUAAAAAACAUACAAAAAGACGAAAGAAAAAACCACAUACUCAUGAAAAACAAGAUCAAGAUGAAGAUUUAUUAAAUUCUUCAACAACAAGUACAACAGAUAAAGAUAGUAGUAGUGCAGCUGGAGUAAUAACAACACCAAUGAAAUCAACUUCUCGUGAAUCUAGUACUAAAAUUCGUUUAAUAACUGAUGAUGAUAAACAAGAAUCAGAAUGGAUAACACCACAUAAUAAAAAGAAAAAAUCAAAAUUAAUUGAAUCAACAAUAACAAAAACAGAACCACAUGAACAAAAAGUAUCACUCUCUCCUCAAUCAACUUUACAUUCAACCACAACAACGACAACAACAAAAAUUCUGCCAGAGAAAGUAACUGAUGUACAAUUUAAAUUUAAGAAAGGUGGUGAAUUAACAGUAACAAGUCAAUUACCAUUAGAACGUUCACCAACUGAGUGGGGUACAGUCAAAUUUAUAUCCGAAGAAUCAUCAAAUCUGAUACAACAAGAUAAACAUGAUUCAUCGAUUGAACAAACUCCAUUAGAAGAAUUACCUAUUGAAAAAGAAUCUAAAAUUGAACAAACAAUCGAUUCAACUGGUCAAAUUGAUAAUGAAACUAAAGAUGAAACAACAACAAAAUCAAUGGAAAGUAGUGAAACUGGUGGUGAAGCUGAUUUAGAUGCAUAUCGUGAUCAAACAGGUCGUCUUCGUCCGAAAAAACCACGUAAACCUGCAAGUACAUCAAGUAAACCUGAUGAUAUACCUCCAACUCUUGAACCACAAACAUCGGAAGAAAUUAAACUUGAUCAUAAAACUAUAAGUGAACAUUGGGCUGCUGCUAUAGAAAGUCCGGUAUCGAAUAUAGAUGAAGAACAAAAAAUUCAAACAGAACAAAUUUAUGAAGAACAAUCAUUUGAAGAUGAUGAUACUAGUGAAAGAAAUAGUAAAUUAGAUUCAUUUUUACCUGAAUAUAUUCGUCAAACGAUAAAAACAAAAUCACUACGUUCAUCAUCAUUAAAUGAUGAUCGUUCAAAAUUAUCAUCAACUCAUGAUACAUCAACAUCUAUUACACAUACGCGUUCAACGAGUAUCGUUUUUCCAUCAUCAUCAAAUCGAUCAACAACAAGUACUGAUGAUACAUCAGAAAAUGAAAGUCGAAAACAUUUACGAGAAUCUGUUGAUGAAGAAUUUCACUCAACAGAAGAUUCAAGUUUUAUUUCAACAACAAAUCAAACAGAACAUGAUACAAUGGGAACAUCAUCUUCAUUACCUCCAACUGGUAGUACACGUAAGAAAAAACAACGACCAAAAAUGUUAAAAAAAGAUAUCGAAGCUAAAACCUUAUUAACACAUGAAUUUGAUGAUACACCAUUAACAAUAACUGAAAUUCAACCAUCAUCAUCAUCAUCAAUAAUAGAAACAACAAAUAAAAGUGAUGAAUCAUUUUUAUCAUCUAUACGUCAUCAAUUUUCUUCGGCUAUGUCAACAAUAACUGAUUCAUUUAGUUCUGCACUUUCUCUUCAUAAAUCAACAACAACAGAUGAUCAAACAAUUGUUCAAUCUGAUGAGCCAGUGCCAUCAACAGAAGAACAAUCAAUUAUUCCUAUUACAACAUCUACAGAAUCAACAAUAAUAACAACAAAGAAAAAACCUUCGACACGUUCACCACGUAAACGUUCAAAACGAGAUAGUGGUCCUGACUAUGAAUAUUUAACAAGUCCAACAUCUGAUGAUAUUGAACAAUCAUUUUCUGGUAUUAAAGUUGUUACAACAAUUCCAACAUCAAUUGAUAAUGAUCAAACAGAUUUUAUUAAAGUAGAAAAUCAUAAACAACAACCAAAACAACGAACAUUAUCGGGUAGACAUUCAUCAAACACUGAAGAAAAUAAUGAACAACAAGCUAUAUUAGCUGAUGAUGAAGAAGAUGAAGAUUUUGCAACAAAACCUGUUGUAUUACAUGGAACUGGUAUUGAUACAAAUAUUCAAACACCAAUUGAAUCAAUUGUUGCAGAACAAGAUUCAUCUGCAACAACCACAACAACAAAAAAAAGACGUCAUAAACAAAAGAGUAAAACUGAAGAAGUUGAGUUUACUGCACAAGCACCAGAUGAAUUAAAACCUGAUAAACAAGAUACUGUAUCUGACCAGCAAACAACAUCAAUGACAACAACAACAAACGAACAGUUACGAUCAGUUCAAGGUUUUCAUUCUUAUACACCAAAUAAAUAUCAAUAUAAUCAAUAUGAAGAAGGAUCAACUAGUUCCGCUGACCAAACACCACUAUCACCACUAUCACCACCACCACCGCAACCAUCACCACCACCACCAACAACAACAACAGCAACCACAGACAAUAAUGAUAACAUUCUUGCACGUGGUUUUAAUCUUUGGUUACAACAAAGUAAAGAAAUAGAAUCGACAUCAUCAUCAGCAAAACAAGAUGAAUCAUCAGCAAUAGGUAGUGGUUUAACACGUGCUAUGCAGAGUCUUAUUAUUCAACCAGUCGAAACUGAUAAUGAUGAAGAUGAAGAAGACUCAUGGAAUGGACCACGAGCUAAAAAACCAACAUAUACAUCAGGUGUUCAAAUUGAGAAACGUAUUCAUACAACAAGUGGAUAUAAUAUCAAUCAUCCACGUUCAAUAACUGUUUCACCAUGGCUAAUGCCACAAUCGAAUGAAAAUUCAUAUCAAGAUGAUCAAUCAAAAUAUGAUCCGGAUGAUGAAGAAGAUUCAAUGAAUGAUGUAUCAGAAAAACAACAAUUAUCUCAUCCAAUUAGUACACAAUUAUCAACCAAAGAAGAACGACAAAAGCAUUUAAAUAAUUUAGCUGAUUUAACAUUUCAAGCAACAUUAGGUAAUUUAUCAUCAUCUUCAUCAUCAUUAUCAUCAGCAGCAGCAGCUAAAUGGAAUGAAACAUCUAUACGCAGUGAUGAUAAUAGUCAACAACAAGCAAGUUUUACUGAUGAUGAUGUACAACGUUGUUUAGGAGAAGAUUUUUAUCGUGAAUCAUUAGCUGCAGAUACACUUAAAGCCGAACAACGAACUAUUACAAGUUUAGAUGGUCUUGUUUUAAAACCAUCUCUAUUAUCAGAAGAAACAGACAAUGAUGAUAAUGAUAAUGAUAAUGAUAAUGAUAAUGAAAAUGAUGAUGACGAUGAUGACAGUCAAAGAAAUAGAAAUAAUAAUAAUAAUAAUAAUAAUAUUAGUCACUCAAUGAAUUUCGAUGAAUGGGCACAUUUUCUUGAAUAUGAAUAUGAUCAGCAAUUGUUUCCAUCAUCUGGACCAUCUUCAUCGACUAUUGAACAAAAUUUAUUAGCAUCAUAUGAAUGUUCAUAUGCACGGGAAUUAGAUGACGAUACUCUUAUAUCGGAUGCAGAUCGAUUACAUGUCAUAGAUGAUAUACAACAUACCAAUGACAAUGAAAGACAACGUUAUGGAGAUUUUACAUUAUUAGAUGAUGAUUCUACUAUACUUGAGUCAAUGAUUAAUUGUCCUUUAUUAUCAUCAAAUCCCAAUUCACAAUCAUCACAUAGACAUAAACCUUCCGAAACUUUUCAAAGAUGGAGAAAUCAAUCAAAUCGUGAACGAGAAGAAUCGAAUUUAAACUUAUCAAAUGUAACAAUUUUAACUGCAAAUCAAAAUGACGAUGAAAUAUUUAUAUAUCAUACAGACGGUGGUCUUAGUCGACGAGUGAGACCCACAACAUAA